UCUCAUGCGUAUGUACUUUUUUUCCUACAUAUAUAAAACGUUACGCAAGCAUGAGGUUCGCGAACGAUUUUUUCUUCCUUCUAAUUUAAUGCGUUUUAUUGAGAAUCUGGCAGGUGGAAGGGUAAGGGGAUAGAUAAGUGUACGUUUGAGGUGGUCAUCUGAAAUAUAUCUAUAAAAUACAACUUUACACGUUCUACUGACAUACAUAUAAAUUACAUUAAGUUAAAAAAAAAGCAAGAAAAAAAACACCAUAACACGUGCAAUGCACUCGCCAUCAAAACAGAUUGAAAAAAAACUGCAUUAAUUUUUUCUUAUCUUAAAAACAAAAGCGCAUUUCCACAAUAAGAGAUAAAAGCAUCUAGAUUUUAUUCUCUAUUUUAACUCGAAUCGUAUUCGUAUUAGGUAUAAUUGAAAUCUUACGCUCGGUUCAAAAACAUCAUCUCGCUGUGUUCGCGAUCUACAGUGAAAAAUUUUCGUCUUCAUCUUGGUGCAAUUUUCACCUCACACAAUUCGAAACAUUCUUCGUUUAGUCGUCGUGUAAACAUAAGAAAAUCUCGUGCUAAGAUGAGUGUCCCAAACGCGAAUAUGUACACAAAAAAGGGUUAAGAAGAGGCCAGGUUCCUGAAUUGGGCACCAGACAGCAGCACCUCGUGGAGUAGAAUCGUGAAAGGGUUAAGAUUUACGUAUCGUGCUACAGAGUGCAUUCGACGUCGAGUUGUGGAUGAUUUUUUCCACACGAAAGGACUGUGGUUCGUAAAUACAAUUUUUUCAUGUGUUUCGAAAGAUAUAAAUUCGUAUAAGAUGAGCUGAGAGAUAAUUUUUUUGGGUCGGUUUAUCGGUGGUUGAGGAAAGUUUGAUUAGAGAGGGUGACUUUGGUAUAGAUUUUACCUCAAAUUUGUGGUUCGAAAUAUUUACCAAAGUUGAAGAAAAAAUGAUGCUUUUAUUCGAAGUAUUGGCAGAGUUCCUAGAGAGAGAUUUUUUUUCGUUUAUUUUACGAGCAAGUAUGAUGAGGGGAAAAAACUUACCAUUCCUUUCGAAAAGUAAUUCAGUUUCAUAAUGGUGGUUUUUGGGAUUUCAUGAGGAUACUUGGACAUUUUUUUAUCAUCAUUUCGAAGAGCUGAAUAGAGAAAAAAACAACUUGGGGCAGAAAAUGCAACAGAUUUUUGGCAACUUUUGCCAAACGACGAGUUUAUCGUAAACCAAUUCGAUUAAUUUCCCUCGUUAUCUGUGAAGGGGGGGGGGUGCAUCGAAAGCAACAAGUCAUACCAUCGAAGCAAAAAAUCCACCCAACCAAUUGAGAAAAAAAAACUGAUCAAAAUUCCCUUCUAUUCGUGUGGACACUGGUCAUUUAAACGAUAUAAGAAACCGUUGGUCGAGCCAAGUUGGGGAAAUACAGUACGUCUGUAAAACUCCGUCUACUUUUUUUUCCAACGUAGAAGGGGAGUCUACGUAGGAGAAAUAGGAAAGACCACGAACGACGAAUAAAAAUCCACUGGUAUUUUUGAUACGUGUACGUAUAGUAGGAUAGAUAUAGAAAAAAAAGCAUAAAACGAAAUAAGGAAAAAAAAGAGAUAGAAAGGGAAAGACUUUAGAAUAUAAGAGGCGAGUCGGAGAGAAAAAAAAAGCUCUGGUCGUCGCCUUCGCCUCACACACGGUGGGCUGCAAAGAGGGACGCGAGUUGGGGUAAAAAAAGAAAAGAGAGCCAGCUAGAGAGGUUCGGAGAAGUAGCUGCGAGUUUUUCCUGCUGCGAAAACUCGGUGGUGGGAGUCGAGCGGCGAAGACGUUUUUCGUCGAGGGGAAAAACGCCGGCGCAGAAAAUUUUCCUAAGGAAAGUGUGUGCGUGUAGAAAGAGGCGACGCACAUGGUAGAGUAGGAGAAAGACACUUUCCUAAGAGAAAGACAGCGAAAAAUUAAAGUGUGUGCGAGAAAGAUAAUCGUAUAAUUUUAUCUUCGUCGACGGCGAAAUUUUCCUUCCACUUGUAAGGGAUGCUAAGACGUCUUAGUUUAGUUCGCGUCCAGACGCCGAUGUUUUCUUUAUACGAUCACGCUCCUUUCGUUAAAGAUCACGCUUCCGCGACGUGUUCGUGCUGGAAUUUAAAUUUUCGAAAAUUCUGUCGCCGACCACGUGAUCUUCGUAUUACGAUCUGGUCCAAGUCGCGUCGCGUUUUCGCUGUGAUUUGACGCGCGUCCGAAUCGCCUCCGGCCAAAUGUAUUUCGCGGGUUCGAAUUUCCAAUCGUGGUGAUUUUUUUCCUCAAUUUUUUUCCCAAGUUUUAUACUUACGCGGUUUUCAUCAAUGGUUUUCUUCGUAUUAUUAUUUACUUCGUAGCAUUGGCAGUAUCGGAAAUAAAAACUCGUUGGAAAUAUUAAUUACCGAUAGAUUCGAGUUUGGACGAAUAAUAUGAAGGUGUCAGAAUACACCUCGUCGUCGUUGAUAAUCACAAUUAGUAAAUUUUCACAAUAGAAGAAAAAAUCCGCCAGCAGUAGCCAAAAAAAUUCAUCUCGACUUCGACGACGAAUUGAACAAAAAAAUACACGUAACAGGAGACGAAGAAGAAGCAGCAGAAGAAGAGAAAAAACUAUCUUAGAAAAAUUUCGCAUCGCUUAAUAAAAAGAAAAAAAAAUUUUUUUACCAAGAAAAAAAAAUUCGAGGAAUUUUUUAUACUCAUAGUACAAAUUUUUUUUCUCGUUUUCCGAUAUUUUUUUCUUAUCAGUUCCUAUAUCGUAAAAUUUUUUUCAAAGUCUUUAGUUCCUAUAAAAUAAUUUUAAAACAAAAAAAUUAAUUUAUCAAUGCGAAAAAGUUGAGAAAAAAAAUGUCCGAAAAGUGCAGAACUUGGUAGUCCGGAAACUAUAGAAGUUUUCCGAUCCGAAGAGAAUCAUUUAGCCAUCCCCAACUAGUGAUUGCAAAAAUUCAUCACGAUCUCAGCACCGUUAGAUUUACGCGCCCUGCAGGGCGACCAAGGGCCGCAAGCUUUACCAGCCAACAUGCAGCAAAGUAUGCUACUCCAACGUCCGGUAUUCAAGAUGAACCCAUCGAACGAGUUCUGGGAUCAGGCGAGAUUAUCAGCCGAAUCCCAGACAGCCGUUCAGCAGCAAGCUAACGCCAUACAGAAUGCCAAUAAUGGCUCGAUACCUGCUCAGAGACCGAUGGCUAACCAUGCUAAUGCUAAUACAGCAUCUACCAAUAGUUUAAAUAAUCCUAAUACGCCGAAUAAUAUAAAUAAUCAGUCGCCUAUAAUGGUCAAUUCGCAAAGUAUGAUGGCACCCUCGAAUCCGGCAGUAGCCAAUGCGGCCGAUACAGUCAAUUCAACGAGUAGCCGAACGCCGGAUACUAAUUGUAAUCAGCAACAGCAGCAGCCGAAUAUACCGUCGAUGAAUAAUUUCGCUAAUCAGGAUACGUCUACCAAUACACCUAAUACCAAUAAUGUAGAUAAUCAGGCCAUCGAGUCUACAAAUAUGAACCAAAAUAACGCCGUUGCCUUACCCGAUCAUAAAAUCAUGACUGAGAAACUCGUCAGCGAAUUGCAGAAUCGUUCCGGUAUAUUCUCGGAGCGCACUCUGGAAGAGUGCUGGAAUACUUUACAGCGAAUUUUUAUGCACAAAUCUAUGCAAAUGCAGCUGCAACAACGUGGAGGAGGCGCAGCUAGCGUGGGUAGCAGUUCUUUCAGCAGUAGCGGCGGUUUAGAAAUUAGUAAGCCACACCAGUGCCAACAAUGCUUGAAAUCUUUCAGUUCGAAUCAUCAGCUUGUUCAACAUAUCCGAGUGCAUACCGGCGAAAAACCAUAUAAAUGUUCCUAUUGUGAGAGACGAUUCAAGCAGCUUAGUCACGUUCAGCAGCAUACUCGUCUUCAUACAGGUGAACGUCCUUAUCGUUGUCACCUGGCUGAAUGCGGAAGAGCCUUCAUACAAUUGUCUAAUCUGCAGCAGCACCUAAGAAACCACGACGCGCAAGUUGAACGAGCCAAAAACCGACCAUUUCAUUGUACAAUUUGCGGUAAAGGUUUUGCCACCGAAUCUAGUCUGCGAACUCACGCCGCCAAGGUAAAUGAGGCCGAACUCAGGAUGGAUGUUCUGCAACAACACGCCGCCAUGAUUGGUGGAGCAGCCACAACCUCGUGUCCGCUCUGUCACAAGUUGCUAAUUGGUACCGAUGCCUUGAUUGAGCAUAUGAAGUACAACCACAAAGAUCCAAACCCACCGCCACCGAGUCCGCUUACAAAAAUGUAUGUUGAUUACGUUAAAGAUCCGUAUAUUGCAAAAAGAAGAACAGCCAAUCAUCCGUGUCCCGUUUGCGGUAAACAUUACGUUAACGAAGGUAGCUUACGAAAACACCUGGCAUGUCAUCCUGAAACGGCGCAGUUAGCAACGUCUCUCAGAAUGUGGCCUUGUUCAGUUUGUCAAGCAGUAUUCACCCACGAAUCCGGUUUACUCAGUCAUAUGGAACAUAUGCGAAUGGAUCCCAAGCAUCAAUUCGCUGCUCAGUAUGUGCUAAGUAGAGCGGCCGCUGAAAGACGUGAACGCGAAUCGUUAUUGGCUGCAGCAGCUUUAGCUUCGACGACCGGAGCUUUACCAUUAGGUUUAUCCGGAACGCAAUCCUCGCUUUGUCCUUCACCGUCUGUCCAUUCGGAUACAUCUUCAAACAACGGAGAUGGCCGAUUGUCCAGCAACGGAUCCGAACCGUCGACCGGUAUCAUGCUGCAUAACAACAACAACAACAGUAGUAGCAAUAAUAACAAUAACAACAAUAAUAAUAACAAUAACCACAACAAUAAUAAUAAUAACAAUAAUGAAAACGUAGCCGCCAUGAAGUUAGCCGAAUUGAUGGUUGGUAAAACUGCUUCGAAUACGAAUCAUCCGUACUUGAAUCAACAAAAUACGCCUCAGUUUAACGCCGAUGAAUUGCAAAGAGCAGCUACAGCUUUGAUAAUGAGUCAGCAGCAAGCAGUCGCCGCAGCCGCGGCUGUUGCCCAGUCUGUGUCUUCGGCUCAAGACUCGAUGCCCGUUAGAUCUCCUUCGACCGCUGUUCAAGUGGCUGCUGCCAAUUUGGCGGCUGCUAUGAGAAUGACGCAGUCUUCGUCGCUGGUUCAGCAUAGUCAGCAGCUUACGAAUCAAAACUCAUUCGGAGGCAUGUCAAACCCUACCGACGGUAUGGCCGCGAUGCAAAUGGCGAUGAACGCGGCAGUCCGAGCAUCUAUGUCAUCGAUGGUAGACGCUUCGUUGAACCAUCAACAAAACAACCAUCAAUCGAUACUGCACCAACAGCCGCAAUCAUCGACCUCGCCUACGCUACGUAUGCAAGAGGCUAUCCUGCGAUCUCAAGCCGAAGCUGCUCUUCGUCUAGCCGUUUCUCAGGCAGUAGCUGCAUCUACCUCGACAUCGAACGGCGACCAGACUAGUAAUAAUCUACAAUCUAUGCACGGUAUCUCUACCCAUAACAUGAUGAGUAAUCAGAAUACGCUGGUCAACGGUCAGCAUCAUCCGUAUCACCAUCAAUCUCAAGUUUCGCCGGAGCUUACCGAAGCGUUGAGAUUACAAGAGCAACGUCUAGAACAGGCACUUAGAAUGCAUGGUGAUCCCAGAGCGUUAGGGUUUUCAUUCACAAAUACCCAACAGCAUCAUAUGAAUCCGUAAUUUGUUUGUUUGUUUUACUUUUUUCGUUUAAUAAUUCUCUAUAUAUCGAGUUUUACGUUGAAAUAUUUUUUUUUCUUUAUUAUUUUUUCUAUAAUUUUUUUUGUACUCGUAUAUAAAUAUUAAUAAAUUGUAUUGUAUCCUGAUGAAUGUAAAUUAUCAAGAAUGUACAGCGAGGUUUUACUCUUUUUUUUUUGUUUGUCUUAAUGUUGUACAUUGUGUUAGAUAAAUUCCGAAUUUUUAUUUUUACUAGAUGUUAGGUUUGUUGUUAAUUUUAUUUUUAUCAUUAUGAUUUUUUUUUUUCGUAUUUAAAAAAAAGUACCAUUGAGGUGCACUCUGAUGUAUCCCAAAGACCAUAAGACUCUACGGUUGUUUUGAGUAAUUAAAGAAAUUUUGUUACGUUUGAUAAAUUUAUCUAUCGAUUUUAACAUAUUUUUUGAUUUUAUUUAUUUUUUUCGUUUUUUUUCUUUUGUUUUUAUAAAUUUUUAUUUUGUCAAACCCAUCUUUACGAAUACCAAAACAACAUACACAUUCACUUUGCCAAAAUGCUUAAGCGAACCGUAUACUUAAAAGAUAAGAUUUAACUAAUUAUUUUUUUUCUAUAUAUUCAAUAAUGAGUACCUUUAACGAACUAAAAUCCUUUUUUUUUAAUGUCGCAAUCUCGUUCGAUGAAUUUUCAUUUGUAUUAAUUAAUUAUUUUUUGUUAUUUAGUUGUGUACGUUUUCUUUAGUUAGACUGUGAUAUUUUUCGUUGCGUGUUUUUCUUUUUAUCUUUCUCUCUCUCUAUAUACUUACUAUAUCUCUACACGCCCUAUUUCUCUUCUUAUGUUUUAUUUCUCUCACUUUUUUUUUUUUUUUUUUUUCAUUUUACAAAGUUACGAGUUUCAUUUUAGCAGUUUCGUUUUCAUUUUUUAAUUUAUUGUUUCCUUUGAGUUUUAGUUUUGUUUUAUCGAUGGUGUUUUUUUUUUUUUUUUUUUCAAUUCUCAGUUUUAUUACCUAACCGUGUUUAGUUUUUAGCUGAAUUGAAUUUUUUUAAACGAUUGUGAUGUUUGUGAGUUUGGAAGAGG